UUUGUCCUAAACAAUCUUCUCUAGGAUCACCAGGAAACAGCAGCAGGAAAUAAAGUUGCCCGCUCUGCUUUAUUGCUAUCCUGUUUUUAAUGCUUUAAAGCUAAAAUAUAAGACCAGGGAACACCAUGAGGAGAACCAGAAGUUCAAGAAAUAAGACUCAGAGCGCUGUAGGAAACGAGGAAGUGCAGACAAAGACAGUGUGGCAGUGGAAAGGAGAUGACGGGCAGUGGGAACCGUACCCAGAUGAAGCCUGCUCCGCGCUGGAUGCUGCCACCUCAUCGGGGAAGACGUCGGUCACUCUGACCCUUGGCGAAGGAAGGGACUAUGACGUUGAUCUGAAGAAAAUGGUCCAGAUUAAUCCUGUGACAAAGUACAAGAGAAAGAUUCGCUCUCAGAAAGCAGAACCAGACAUUUUUAAUGAGGCCAGUGACAAGGUGGCAAAAAAUGGAGAUCCAGUUCAAGUUAAAGAGGAAGAGGAGGAGACAGUGGAGCAGCCGACAGCUAAGAGGAGAAGAGGACAAAGCAAGGCUGCAAGCAAAACCAAAGAAAUGGCUAAAGAGGAAAUAAAAACUGAGGAGGUGGUGAGGACAGUGGUGAUGAAGGGCAGAGCUCCAGUGGACCCUGAGUGCAAAGCUAAAUUUGGAAAGGCUCAUGUUUAUAGUGAAGGAAGUGAUGUGUACGACGUGAUGCUGAAUCAGACCAACCUUCAGUUCAACAACAACAAAUACUACCUGAUCCAGCUGCUGGAGGACGACGGCUUCAAGGUUUACAGUGUCUGGAUGAGAUGGGGCAGAGUGGGUAAAGUGGGUCAAAACAGCCUCGUAUGCUACGGAGGAGAUCUUCCUAAGGCCAAAAACAUGUUCAAGAAAAAGUUCUUGGACAAGACAAACAACGAGUGGGAUCGCAGGGAGAGUUUUGAAAAAGAAGAUGGAAAAUAUGACAUGGUGUUCAUGGACUACAGUGCUAAUGAAAAGGAGGAGAACACAACCACUGUCGACACUGCCCCCAAAAAGCAGCUCUCCAAGCUGGAUGCAAAAGUUCAGUCUCUCCUCGAACUUAUCUGUGACCUGAAAGCCAUGGAGGAGUGUGUGCUGGAGAUGAAGUUUGACACCAAAAAAGCUCCUCUUGGAAAGCUGACCUCAGAGCAGAUCCGUGCAGGAUAUGCAGCACUGAAGAGAAUUGAGUCAUGCUUGAAGAAAAAGGGAAGCCGUCGGGAUCUGCUGGAAGCCUGUAACCAGUUUUACACCCGAAUCCCGCAUGACUUUGGGUUGAAAACUCCCCCAUUGAUUCAAACAGAAGAUGAGCUGAAGGAAAAAAUUGCUCUGCUGGAGGCACUGUGUGAGAUCCAGAUUGCUGUGAAAAUGGCCCAGUCAAAUGCAGACAGUGACGAGCAUCCUUUGGACCGACAGUACCACUCCCUGCAGUGCCAACUGCAGCCUUUGGACUCCAGCUGCCAUGAGUUUAAGGUGAUAGAAAAGUACCUGCAGUCCACUCACGCCCCCACUCACUGUGACUACACAAUGAAGGUCCUUGACAUCUUCUCAGUGGACAGAGGCGGGGAGAGCAACAACUUCCUCUCACACUUGCAUAACAGGACUCUGCUGUGGCACGGCUCCCGUCUGUCUAACUGGGUCGGCAUUCUCAGUAGGGGGCUCCGAGUGGCCCCGCCUGAGGCCCCUGUCACUGGUUAUAUGUUUGGUAAAGGGAUCUACUUUGCAGACAUGUCGUCAAAAAGUGCCAACUACUGUUUUGCCAACCUGAGCAACCAUGUUGGGCUGCUGCUGCUGAGUGAGGUCGCUCUGGGAGACUGCAAUGAGCUGCUGGACGCCGACUACGAGGCCCAUAAGCUGCCUGCAGGAAAGCACAGCACCAAGGGCCUGGGUCAGACUGGACCCGACCCGAAAAACGCCGUCACCCUGAAUGGAGUGACGGUUCCGAUGGGUCCUGGUGUUAAAACGGGCGUUUUUAACCCGAACGGUUACAAUCUACUCUACAACGAGUACAUCGUUUACAACCCAGCUCAGACUCGGAUGAGGUACCUGCUGCGGAUCCAGUUCAACUACUCCUCACUGUGGUGAGAAACGACCUGAGGAGGUCCAGUCCGGAUAAAAAAAGGAUUUAUCCCAAACUGAACAUCUUUCAAGAUUAAAUUAUAAUCUUAUUGGUUGUACAUUUUAUUAACAGAAUGUUUAGCGGAAUAAUUUCCUGAUUAACUCCUUGGUCAAAGGGUUCCAUAUUUUAAAAGCAACUCCUUAGUUUUGAAGAAAACAAAACCCUCGCAACAAUUAACUAAAUAUAUACCCGAUCUUAUAGAAAGAACCCCAAUCAAUUCCUCGUUAAACCAUUUAAGGACUUCCUAAAUGAUUGCAACAGUUGACACAGGAGCCUUUCUACUCUGGAGGUGUCAUUGAAAUUUCUAAAAAGUCUUGAAAGCCUUAAAGGUCAGGAGCUGACAGAUCUGAUGGUUAAAACAGCUCAGCUUGGAUGUAAAAGGUUAAAUUAUCCAAGCAGCAAAAACAUCCCACCUAUAACCUUUUCUGCUGUUAGGUUUCGUUGGUUGUUCCUCUCACAUCCCUGUUCUUCUGGAGUCAGACUUACUUCCUGUUAAGUAGAGCCAAACUUCAUUUUUUUUUACACGAGAUGAAGGCUGUCUGAGAUGAAAAAAAACUUUUUUGCACUAGAAUUUCAUCCAAUUUCUUAAUUGUCAUAUUUGUAAUAAAAGCAGUUUUUUUUACCA